ACUUCCAGCUCAGGGGCUUAUUUAGAGAAGCCAGAAGAUUGGAUUUUUUUUCCUGAGUUGGAGUGCUCCCAGGCAGAUGUGACAGAAGAAAAACUGCACAAUGGAGACUGCCCAGUUCUCCUCUUCACCAUCGCUCCAGUCCAAGUCUAAGCGAGCUCCAGCUUCAUCGUCUUUUGCCCAGAUGACUGCAUUGGCUUCCCAGCUGGUCCUACCAGGGCUUCUAUGAGCCUUUUUCAUUUUGAUCUCAACUUCUGCAGCCAAAGUGAUUUUACACAAGAUAAAUUUUAUCAGUUUCCCACUAUCCUAAACUUUCUACCAUGGCCUACAAAGGUCUUACCUGGUCUUAGUUCUUCUAUUCUCUCUAGUGGCUCUCACCCUAUUCCUUACUCUCUAAACUCUCAGUUCCUUUUCUUGUCUUUUUUUUUUUUUUUUUUUUUGGUGUGGCAAAAUAUACAUAACUUAAAAUGUACCAUCUUAGCCAUUUUUAAAUGUUCUGUGACAUUUAAAAAUUUACAUUAUUGUGCAGCUAUCACCACCAUUCAUUUCCAGAACUUUUUCAUAUUCUCCAGCUGAAAUUCUGUGCCUGUUAAACACUAGCUCCUCAUGCACCACCUCUUUCUUUUCAUCCGUCUAAAGGAGCCCUGCCGCCUUCUUGUUCUUUAUACACAAACCGCCCUCUGUCUGAAACACUCUUUUUUCCCCCUUUGCCUAGUGAGCAACCAGUCAGCUAUAGUGUCACGUUCUCAAGGAAGCCUCCUCGGACUCCCAAGUUCAGACCAGAAGCUCCUGUAACUUCUCUCAAAAACCUUGUUCCUCUCGGAAGAGCACACAUCUCAGUUUGUAUUUCAACACAUGUUGUGUAAUUGUUUAAUUGCGUGGUUUCGCUCUGCCUUCUCUUAACAUAGUGUUUAGUGUCAGGAAUUCCUCACUGUGUCCCCACCGCCAGGCCUAGUGCCUGGCACACAGGAGGUGCUCAAAAUGUGUUGGGCGAAAAAUAAAUGGACGAGUUCCGCUUCCCUGCAUUGGGCCAUCCAUCCGUGUGACACCUGUGAGUGCCUCCACCCCCAGACUGGGGUGUGUCCCUCCAGGGUCGGACUUUAGUACCUCAUCCAGGCUGGCAGGAGGCUGUGCUCUUUGGUUUGCCUAUCUCGGACUUCCCGCCCAGCUGCGCAGACGGCAGAACCCACAGCGGGGGCGUGUCGCGGACUUACGCAGAACCUCCCUGUCUCGGCACGUCAGUUCUGUACUCUACCCCAGGAGGAAUCGAGCUUAGACCCAGAAGUUUCCUGGCACCUCCGGACGUGGGAAUUACACGCUUGGACGUCAAACCCAAGCGGGUGUCCUCAUGACUUCCCCUGCAGACCAUGUCUAUGAUCCUUUUUGCCUGUGUGGUGAGGGUGAGGGAUGGACUGCCCCUCUCGGCCUCCACUGACUUUUACCACACCCAGGAUUUUCUGGAAUGCAGGAGACGGCUCAAGACUUUAGCCUUGCGACUGACCCAGUACCCAGGUCGAGGUUCUGCAGAAGGACGUGACUUCAGUAUACAUUUCUCUUCGUUGGGGGAUGUGGCUUGCAUGGCUAUCUGCUCCCGCCAGUGUCCAGCGGCCAUGGCCUUCUGCUUCCUGGAGACCGUGUGGUGGGAAUUCACAGCUUCCUAUGACACCACCUGUAUUGGCCUAGCCUCCAGGCCAUACGCCUUUCUCGAAUUUGAUAGCAUCAUUCAGAAAGUGAAGUGGCAUUUUAACUGUGUAAGUUCCGCUCAGAUGGAGAGCAGCUUAGAAAAAAUUCGGGAGGAGCUUGACUUCCAGCCUCCAGUGGUUCUCACUGUGGAGGACACAGAUAUAGCGAAUGGGAUAAUGAACGGUCACACACAGAUACGCUUGGAGCCUGCUCCUAAUUUCCGAAUGGAGCCAGUGACAGCCCUGGGUGUCCUUUCGCUCAUUCUCAACAUCAUGUGUGCUGCUCUGAACCUCAUCCGUGGGAUUCACCUCGCAGAACAUUCUCUACAGGUUGCCCACGAGGAAAUUGGAACUAUUCUGGCUUUUCUUAUUCCUUUUGUAGCCUGUAUUUUCCAGUGUUAUUUGUACCUGUUCUACAGUCCAGCCAGGACUGUGAAGGUGGUGCUGAUGCUGCUCUUCAUCUGCCUGGGCAACAUGUACCUGCAUGGGCUAAGGAACCUCUGGCAAAUCCUUUUCCACAUAGGAGUGGCUUUUCUGUCUUCAUAUCAGAUACUGACCAGGCAGCUUCAGGAGAAGCAGUCUGACUAUGGAGUGUGAAGAUGACAUCAUGUGAUGAAUGGAUCCUUUCGUUUUCUUGUGAGAGUCACCUCUGUUUCCCUUUUCGCUUCUCGACUUCACCUCGAGUUUCCAUCCUUGAAGUUCCUUUCGACCAAACCAGAGUGAUACCGAGAGUUGGGGAUUUUUAACAGGAGCGAUGGAAAACACGAGGUCGCCCCAGCCCCAGUUUUGUGUUGGGCAUCAUGGCGGAAUCUCCAGUUCAGCACAUUUACUUAGGACAGCAGAAUCUGGGGGCUCAUUCAGAAGGAGCAUUAUUAGAAGAUCAGAAUGGAAUUAUUUUGGUCUUUUAAAUUGAAUGAUGCAAUAAACCACUAGAUUCAAUAACACUAGCUUUAGUAACUGGCGGUUGUCUCUGAGGAACCACUUUAAAACCCACAUCAGCUUUUCAGUCUAAAUGGGACUUGGUUAGUUUUUUGUAGAGGGUCAAUACAGGGUGAAUUAAACAUUUUAAAAUAUGGUUCAUAAGUAUAAGCUAGAUAAAUUUUGUUUACAUUUUUUGAUAACUUAGGCCUGAUACGAUACCUUUAGAAUAUUUAAAUGUAUUUUGGAUAUAAAUUGAGCUUAUCUUCAUUUGGGGAAAGGACAAACUCAAGCUGAGAAAAUGGUUAAGAAAGCCGAGUUUAUUUAAUUUGUAUAUAACUUUUUAUGGUGGUGGGAAUGCGUGGGCACAGAAAAGUUUUGUAUUUGUCUGCAGGGUAUAUCUGAAUAUUUAAAAAAUUGAGUAACCAGUGCUACUGGAUCAUAAGCUCAUGAGGAUGAGCUUAUGAGCCUGAGAAUUUCAGGGUUCUUUGCGGUGGGGCCACAGACAGGAGUAGGUGAGUCACAUGGAUUCACACAGUGGCACUUGACAGAUGCAGGUUGUAGUAAAAAAACAAAAAACAAAAAGACCCUUGUCAUCAGCCUUGUACAUGGCAGCUGAGUGCCUGUCAUUUUAAUGAUGAUGAAUGCCUGACCCUGUGUACCUGUUCCCGGAAGACGUCCUGAGUUAAUUACUCCUCUACCCCUCUUCCAGUCAUCUUAAUUAGAUGGAGGGCCUCGUUCUUUAUGAACAGGAGUUAAGGAGGUCUUAACUUUUUUUCAAGCUUCAUAAGGAUAUAAUAAACCCCAUGCCCUGAAAAGUUACUUUUCUUCUCUCUGUUAAAAUAGUGAUUGAUCACAGUUGUCCAAAAAGAGGCUCUGUAUAGGAUCCUUUUGGUCUCCAGAAAGUUCAGCCUGGGUUGUCCAGUACAUUUAGGAGGCCAUUUCAGGAGUUUGCCCUCUGGAUUGUUGAUUUUUUUUUUUUAAUGUUUAUUUUAUUUUUGGGAGAGACAGAGCGUGAGCAGGAAAGGGGCAGAGAGAGAGGGAGACACAGAAUGUGAAGCAGGCUCCAGGCUCUGAGCUGUCAGCACAGAGCCCGAUGUGGGGCUCGAACUCACGAGCGGUGAGAUCAUGACCUGAUCUAAAGUCGAACGCUUAACCGACUGAGUCACCCAGGCGCCCCUCUUUGGAUUGUUCUUGGUAGAAGUCUAGAAUCUGAAUAGCUCACUGACGGUUGUGUGGGAUAUUUUGGGUUGAAUUAUGUGGUCUUGAUAAAUUAAAAUAAUCCUACUUUGAUCUUAAAAGUUGAAAAGCUUCACAAGAAUUAUUGAGUACGUAGGGAAAGCAAGAAUAUUAUUUUAGGGAACUCAGUUGUACUUGGUUGUUACUGGUAGUGCAUUGUUACUGAGCUACCUUGGUAUCAGGUUAAGAAAAACAAGUUUAUGUGACUGGAAACUGUUGGGAAAAUGAUGCUACAGUAAUUUUCUUAUAAUACAACUUUCUGUUUUUAAUCAAAAUAUCUUGAUAUGAAAGUUAUAUUGGCAACAUCCUCAGAUGUCAACUGCACAGUUGUCACUCUAUCAGUGUUGCAUCUUCGUAAUUUUCUGCAUACCCAGCAGGCGAAUCUUCAGGCUCUCUGGGAGAUAAUUUUGAAGAGAUGGUAAAAUAGAAUGGAAAGCCAAGGAGGGAAGAGAAGUCUUUGUACAUUAGAAGCACCAAAAAAAAGAAAAAAAAAAAAGAAAAGAAAAGAAAAGAAAAAGGCUUUAAAAGUUGGUAAGCACAGCCUAUAAGUGAGUUAUUAAUAUUUUUUGAGCUCAUGUGUUUUCGCCGUGUAGCCCUAUACCCCAGAUGCUCUCGGGGGCAGAAUCUGUGAUCCAUAUUCGGCAGGCAGUAGAGAACUAUCCUGAAGAGUAGGCCCUCCUGGUGAAUCCUUCCUGCACUGGUGGAGAUGUUGUCUACACUUGGUUGAAUGUGGUUUUCAUCAGUUAACAUCUACAUGGGGUUUCAGAUUGGUUUUUGCAAAUGAGAGGGAAAAGAUGCACUGGACAAAUAGUACAAAAUAGUAACCACAUAAACACUGUUCACCUGGAACCCAGCUAAAAGAAGCCUCAUUCACUGGAGGAAGAGACAAAUGACAGAGAAGUAGUUCUGGGGAUUUUGUCCAAGGGAAAUCCCGGCUCAGGGUUGACCUGGUUCAGGCUUGGAGUUUUGUGGCCCCUGUGUCAUCCUUGAUGCCAGAAAGGUGGCUCCACGUCCCAGGAGUUAUCCUCACUACCCUACGGACUCAUUGCUGUUCUCGCACUUUAUUUUCCCAGUGGUUCAAUGCUACCUGCCCAACCAACCUUGCAGGGGUGGAUCUGGGAAUAGUUGAAAUAAUGUUGAAAACAAACCUUAAAAGUGCCUUCUGGGAUCAGAUACUGCAAGAUCUUUGAACGUCGGAGUGCAUUAUUCCCAUCUCCCGUAUCGGGCUUGGAAUGUGGCUCAGUGCUCUUGGCCAGGGUUUCCCAACCAUGGGGCCAAGGCCCACAGGGUUUUCCCUUCCUCAAGUAUGCAGGUGAGAGAAACACGUAGACUCUGGUUUCAUUUCCCUAGGGUAGCCUUACUGUGAUAAGGAUCAUUCCUGAGUUUCUUUUUCCUGGGAGGAGACAAUCAGGGGUGUAUUUGGGGUGGCAUUACCUCUCAGUACUAGAGGUCCCUCUGCUGGUGGUGGGAGGAAUGUGACCGGAGGCUCCCGGUUUUGCUUCUCAGGCUUGCACCCCUGUGGUCUGUGUUACAGGCAUUGUGAAGCAACCUUUUAAAAUUCCUUAAGGAGUUGGAAAAGGGUGUUAGGAGGAGUGCUGAAAUUAAAACCAUCUCAUUUCUGUCACCUCACCUUGAGCUCCCUGUUACUUUCCUAGGUGCCCCUAUUCUCCAGGACUCUUCUGCCUCUUUCCGUGUCUGUCCCCCACAUUGCAGCCCUGGAAACAGAGGCUGAAACUGGAAUCUUUGGAGGGGUGGGGAAAGCCGCCUUUCACUGUAGUUGAUAAGGUGGGUACAGGAGCUCAGGGGCGGAGCAGAGUGCACUGAGGCCCGGCCGUCUUCCUCCGUGCCCCCGGGAGCUGCAGCACACAGUUGGGAGUCGGGGCUCAGAGGGCAACAGCACUUUGGCGCUCAGCACUGCCAGGGUCGGCAAAGACGACAGCCAGGAGGGCCGGCUGUUUGGGGUGCAGCAAGCAGGAGACAGGUGAGGAGCAGAGCUGGGGGCCCUCAAGCAGCCGCCCUCAAGCUGUUGGCGUGUUGGGGGCACGUGCUGCACCUUCAUCCAGGGCUGCUGUUUGCUUUUCCUUGAAGGAAUCGGCCACUCACUGUAACAUGCAGGGCAGGUGGCCCUCAGGAGCCUGCUGUCGUGCGUGUACGGGGCAGCGCAAGUGGGGCCCGGCAGGCAUGGGAGUGUUUACAGGGACCAGAUGUGCACCCCGCUCUGGUGUUGCUCACAUUUCAAACGUUCCUCCACAGAAUCCUGCCCGGGCACAGGGAAGCUCCACUGUGCUCUGUGAGUGUGAACAACGGUAGAGGAAGAGAGACUUGACUCUCCUGCUCAGGCCUCCACCACUGUGGGCAGGUUCUGCCCGCAGGGACAGGGUCCUCAGCUGGGAAGCGGUGGUAACCACCUACUCCCCCGGCAUGCUGUCAUGAGGAGAAAAGCCUAGUGGAGGAGAAUACUGGGUGAAUCCCCUGUUCACGUGCAGGAGGAGAAAGGCUUUCACCCGGUGAGAGGAAGUUCACGCUUUACGCGGCACAGUGCAGCCGUGUCUUCCAGGUUUUACAAAGACAGGCCUUUUAUGAUCCUGCUAGGUAAAUGGGCUCAGUCUUCCAGUCUAGAAAGGUGGUGACCUCUCUUUCUCCCCCCUGAACGUGCCUCUUGCCCUCCAGUCACAGAGCUCUUGCUACCAUUGGCAUUGGGCCCUCCGGCAUCCAGGGAGGCCGGUUCUGCUGGUCGAACCAAACCUCAAGUCCAUCCCUGAGCCAAAUGGGGAGAGCUCUGAGUCUCCCGUCUGGGAGCAGUGAUGUCAGACCCCGGUUGCUGGGGAAACGUCUUGGCAGGGAACCUGUGGAAAAGGGCUUGUCAGUGAGACCUGGGAAUGGCCGGAUAUGGAAACAUCUGCCCGUGUGUGCUGAUGGCAGAGCCGCGGCUCACAAGCGCCUUUUAUUUCGGGUCAAAUUAUCAAAUCCAUUCUGUUCUUCUAACCUGUGCUUGGUACGUGUGACCUUCUUUAACCCUUCUGUGAUUCUGGGGUUACUUCAGAAGUAUAUUUAAUGAAUUAUUUGUACGACUUGACCCCCCCCCCUCCCCUGAAUUCUGUUUCAUUUAGUAGACUUUUCUACUAAGAGCGUAAAAGAUUGAGACUGAUUUAGCCAGGGCAAAACCAUUUCCUUCACAUAUGCGUUUUGAAUGCUUGCUGUCCAUGUUGUACAAGCUUCUUACUGUUUUCAUGUAAUAACAAAGAUCUAUUUUGAAUAAAUGAUGGGUAUGUUUUAACAAACUCUCACACAGUAGUAAAGCCUAAACUCGUGUUAAUAUAUGUAAAGAAUAUUGUAUAGCCAUUUAUAUACUAUGUAUAUAUAAAUUAAAUAACAUGGCUUCAGAAGUGAGAGGGGAAUAAAUCUAAGGUGCUUAUUA